CAAAUCACAACACACUUGGUAAAAAACCAACCACUAAUGCCACCGCCGGUCCUUUGACACUGAUUAGAUUACCAGUGGUGCUUCAUACAUCCAUUCACAUCUCACACAACUUACAUACAAAUUGAAGGAAAUAUAAACUCAAAUUGGCGCAAGUUCUAGUGAUUUUCCUUUUCGUUCUGGCAUGCUUUGGUUGAUCAAUUAGGGUUUAGAAGCCAAUUAAGAAAUGGCGAAGCUGAGAUACUCAAGGAUACAAGCAAGGAAAUGGUGGACAUUGUCGAUGGCUUUGAGGAUACUGUUUAUUCUGACGGUGGUUCUGUUGAUGCUUUUGGGCCUGGGGAUCUUCUCUCUUCCUAUAAGCAGCGACGAUGCUCCUCCCAAUGAUCUCACUACUUCGUAUAGACGUCUGGCUGCUGAAAGAGAUGAUAAUGGUUUGGGAAAUAGAGGAGAGCAGUGGACUGAAAUUCUUUCUUGGGAGCCUCGAGCAUUUCUUUAUCACAAUUUCUUGUCAAAAGAAGAAUGCGAGUACCUAAUAGCUCUGGCCAACCCACACAUGACAAAGUCAACUGUGGUAGAUAGCAAGACAGGUCGAAGUAAAGAUAGCAGGGUUCGUACGAGUUCUGGAAUGUUUCUGAGGAGAGGACGAGAUAAAAUUAUUAGGAGCAUUGAAAAGAGGAUAGCCGACUUUUCUUUUAUUCCUGUAGAGCACGGAGAAGGACUUCAAGUUCUUCAUUAUGAAGUUGGGCAGAAGUAUGAGGCUCACUAUGAUUAUUUUCUUGAUGAGUUCAACACUAAGAAUGGGGGCCAACGUACUGCAACUGUUCUAAUGUAUCUGUCAGACGUUGAAGAAGGGGGUGAGACAGUGUUUCCUGCUGCUAAGGGAAACAUCAGCUCUGUGCCAUGGUGGAAUGAGUUGUCUGAAUGUGGCAAACAGGGUCUUUCAGUGAAACCGAAAAGGGGAAGUGCCUUGCUGUUUUGGAGCACAAGUCCUGAUGCUACUCUAGAUCCUUCAAGUUUGCAUGGUAGUUGUCCUGUGAUUAAAGGGAACAAAUGGUCAGCUACAAAGUGGAUGCAUCUUGGGGAAUAUAAGAUCUGAUCCAUUAUUAUUAGAGGAUAGGACAUUUAUCAUGUGGAUCAUUUGUGGUGAAUGGUGUUACAAUUCCGGACAACAAUGUGGGGCGUCCCUGAUUCCCUCAAAGGUAGCAUACCAAAAUUUUACUACUUAGGCCUUGGUGGUUUUCAUUUUAAUUUUUUGUUCCUCAUUUCAUGGGCUCUUUUCAGUCUUCAAAACGGGGCUUUAGGUUGGAAGUUGUUAGAUCUCGGUGGCCCUAAAAGAUAUGUUUUUGUACUUAUAAAUUUAGUUAAGGGAUUAAAAGGGGACGGCCGCAGCAGAAGGCGGUGCAUUGCUCCCAACAGGCAAAUUGUAAACUAACAAAAUAAUUGCUGGAAUACAAGUCAUUCGAUUUUUCUUCA